AUGUCCAUUAAUCAAGAGCUUCCAUCAGAUACACUGUGGUGGACACAACAACAACAUCAUACUCCCAUAAUGGAACAAACUCCUGCAAACACACACUUCCACCAGCGUCAAAAUACCCAUACUACCCCUCUCAGUUUCAACCUCAAUCAAGAAACCGAGACAGAAGAGAUGGACAGAGAUCAAGAAGAGUCCGUGGAGCAAGUCGUGUACGUGCAGAAAGACUCUAUGUUUGAGAAGCCCUUGACACCCAGUGACGUUGGCAAGCUCAACCGCCUCGUCAUUCCCAAGCAACACGCCGAGAAGUACUUCCCACUCGCGGCCAAUGGCGGCGGUGAAUCGGUGGAGAAGGGAUUGCUGCUGAGUUUCGAGGACGAGUCGGGGAAGACGUGGAGGUUUCGUUACUCUUACUGGAACAGUAGCCAGAGCUAUGUCUUGACUAAAGGUUGGAGCCGUUUUGUUAAAGAAAAAAGACUUGAUGCUGGUGACGUGGUGGUUUUCGAGAGGUCCAGGAAUGAGAGUGACCGCUUCUUUGUGGGCUGGAGACGGCGGAACGCCACUCCGCCUCAAUCGGAGAACACGGUGGCUCAGUCGGGUAGUAGUGGUGGCGCUGGAUGGACCCGAGUUUACUACUCGGGUUAUCCUUAUCCAACCGUAGUUUCAAAUGGGCAGGCUGUUGCUAAUUACCAGCCUCAGUGUCUUCAUGCACCAGGAGGAGGAGGAUUAGGUGGUAUGCAAAAUCAAACAACAGCUGGGGGUGGGAACUCCAAGACAGUGAGGCUAUUUGGGGUGAAUUUAGAAUGCCAGUCAGACGAGCCACCAGGCGUAGGUGCAGAUGGUUCGAACCAGAGUGAGGAUCAGGCUCAGACUCAGGUCCACCACCAGCAUUAUAAUUACUCUAAUGGAGGAGGAGCAGCUCAUGUUUCAAAGCAUCAUAGUAGUCUUCACAUGGAUAUCAACUUCUCAAGAGAUGUCAAUCAGAUGAGGUUUUACCAAGGAUAAGAUCUCAAGAUGUUGACAUACAAGAUUUGACUAUUUAGACCACUGAGGAAACAAAUGCAUCAGCUACAUUUUCUCAUACUCUCUUAAUUUAGUGAAAUAUGAAAGAUUUAAGCACUCUUACAACUUACUAUAGCAGCAAGAUGAGUAAGUUAAGGUGGGUAGAUUGAUGGUGUGGGUGGAAGCAGUGGAAAAGACAAGGGAAACUGGGGCCACCAAAUGAAGGGCUAAUGUAAUUAAAUGCCCAAAGAGUAAGAAGAAUACAUUGGUGCGUACGUACAUUGCAAAACCAGGAUUCAACAUAUACAGAAUGUUACUGUUGGGAUUCUGUACCUACAGAUCUUGCAUAGAGAAUUCACCUCAUCAUAUCAAAUUUUUUGCUUCACAUAACAACAAGUAGGAGAAAAUGUAUGUAGGGACUUAGUAGUGGGUAUGGAGGAAAUGACUUCGGUUGGAUGACUCUGACACUACUAAGCCCAUUCUUCUUCCUCUUUCUUUUCCAAAAAGAUUAUCUUUACUUUUUAUCCAAUUUUUGGGUUUUCUUUUUUA